AUGAAAGCAAAGGAUGACACAAAUGAAGUUGUCGAAAAUGCCAAGUCUUAUCAGAAUAAAACUUAUCAAAUACCUUUAUUUCAAACACGUUAUGUUUCAAUAAAAAUUAAUCCUGAUGAACUUUAUCAAAAUGAUAGAAAGACGAAACUGGAAGUGGUGGGAUUUAAGUUUCAAGUUCAAUCAACUGACCCACGAGUUGUUAAUAUUCAAAAGGAAAUCAUAGUACCGGCGAAAACAAUUGAUGCAAACAAUUCCAAUAAUAUUCUACUUGAAGAUCUAUUCAUUCUGCCUGGAAAAAAUGCACGUGGUCAUAUUUUUAAUGCUUAUCCAUCUCCAACGCUAAUCGAUCUGAAAAAUCCAUCGCAGCUUAACUUACUAUGGUCAAUCGAAACCACUCGAAUGGAUCAAAUAACUUUAACAAUUACUUUGGAUGUUUUUCACAACGAUGAUUCCACGUAUACACAGCAAUGGCACUUGAAAGUUCUUGUUUCGCAACCAAAACGCCUUAUCGACAAGAUAUUCAUUUUCAUUAUGCCAUUUUUAGUUAUUUUGAUUUCCAUACAAAUGGGUAUUUUACUCGACACAAAAGUUUUAAUUGAUUUAGUGCGAAGACCAAAAGCAGUUUUGAUUGGAUUCAUCAGUCAGUUUGGUCUUAUGCCAUUCUUAGCAGUAGGCAUAGCAAAAUUAUUUAACUAUACGCCUUUAUACAGUCUUGCACUUUUUGUUAUCGGUUGCUGUCCAGGCAGCGGUGCGUCCAAUCAAUGGACGCUUUUAUUCGAUGGCGAUGUUAAUCUAUCAGCUGUGAUGUCAUUUGUCUCAACUGCUUCGUCUUUCGUCAUGAUGCCACUCUAUUUUUAUACAUUAGGACGAAUCUAUACGGAUAAAUUAGCUAUACGCGUACCAUUCCUAGGUCUUGUUCGUACAUUAGCACUUGUUGUUGUUCCGUAUAGUAUCGGCAUUGUUAUAAGUCACUAUUCACCGCGAACGCGAUCAAUUAUCGAAAAACUUGUCAAGCCGAUGAUGUUAUUUCUUUUAAUUUUCUUUCUCAUUUUCGGCUCAAUCGUAAAUUGGUAUCUGCUAAGCAUGAUUGAUAUAUAUACCGCCUUGACAGCACCGUUGUUACCUUACUUGGGCUUUAUAUGUGGUGCUCUAUUGGCUUAUAUAUGUGGUCUGGAAUGGGCGCAUGUAAAAACGAUUGGUAUUGAAGCUGGAAUACAGAAUGUUGGUAUUGCUUUUAUGAUUAUUUUCUAUUCGUUUCCGCAGCCUUAUGCAACGCAAGCAGUUGUCGUACCACUCGUGGUUGCUUUCCUAACGACAAAGCCAUUGUGGUUGAUCUAUGUUAUUCGAAGUCGUGUGAUGAAGUACCGAAAAGGAAAAGAACUUCACGCAGAUUCAUUAAAAAAUGGGAAACCAUCAGUGAAUGAAGAAGAAAGUACGAAAAAAGAAGACAUUGCCGAAAUGCUGCAGAACCUCUAA